CAUGACAUCAUCUCUGCACACAGUUACAUCACACAAGUCACAUGACAGAAUGACGUCACUGGGGCGGAGUUUGGUUGCACAGGGGGCGGGGCUCAUCAAUAAUCGUCUCGGGACACUGUAUUUCUAUUUACUGCAGUGCUGCUUUUUUUUUCCCCCACCAAAGAUCUUUAUUCGCGCUUUUUUUCCCUUCAAUAAACUUUAUUGAGCGUGCUACCUCCACAUACAACCAUUCCUCCGGCCUGUAACACGUUGCUAUAGCAACUAGAAGACCUCUCGGUGACUUUUUUUUUCUCUCAUUUCAAUAAGCUUUAUUUAUCCGGAGAGAGAUGACAACUACAUUUCUACAUUGAGUGAAGGGAAUUGGCGGGUCGUGAUGCAUGAUGGGAGGAGAGAGGGAGGUUUGAGCAGUGACGUCUGAUCGGUCCUUGGUAAAGACUCAGAAUGAGGAGAUCAGCAGCUCCAAGCCAACAGCUCGCUGGGAAUGCAGCAAAAAGGCCUCGCUUUGUUCCACCUGUUAAAGUGAAUACACAUGUAGCUGUGGGAAAUGUGACUGCAACAUUGAAGCCCAAGAAUGACAAUGUGUCUUCAGAAGCCUUUGAACGAAGCUGCAGAGGUGACCUAAUAUCUCCUGGAGAAGUAGAAGCUGCUAAACCUGUGGCCACAACCCAGAAGUCUGUAGUCGCUGCUGUUUCCAGGUUUAGACCACCUACAGGAUUUACAGCUCCUCCCCAGGUGGCAAAUCAGGUUACGGAUGGUAGAAGUGAGGAGAACGAGCCCGGCUGCCCUACAAAGUACUUUAGUGUGGUGUGGUGCAAAGCGUCAAAGAAGAAGCACAAGAAGUGGGAAGGAGAUGCGGUCCUCGUCACAAGAGGAAGAUCCGUGACCUUAAAGGACAUGGAAGGCAAAGAUAUUGGAAAAGGGUCAGGAUACAAGUUGAAAGACCUGGAAGGCUUAGAAGAUGGCCACACUUUAAUGAUUGGUGGAAAGGAGAUAGAGGUGAUGGGUACGAUCUCCGCAGAAGAUUACACCAGUGGCAGAUGUUUUCACUCGGUGGCGAUGGCUUCCACCCCGACAACCGCAGAUUACGUCCCAGUGAAACCGUUCACCAACCCACUGAAAGAUGGAAGCAAAGAGACCAACACAUCGAGAGACCUUCAGAUCUGCAAACCCCGACACGAUCCCAGUGCACCAAACUCCAUAGUGAUGCCAAGACCAUCGAAACAUCACCAGCAAAUGUUCAACAAAUCCGGCAAUCCUGUUGUAGAUGUGGUGCUGGAUCCCUACGUUGCAGUCCAUCUACGACCCCAUCAAAGAGAAGGCAUCCUGUUUCUUUAUGAAUGUGUUAUGGGCAUGAGGGUCAGUGGGCAAUUUGGAGCGAUCCUGGCAGAUGAGAUGGGCUUAGGCAAAACGCUUCAAUGUAUCUCUCUGAUCUGGACUCUUCUACGCCAGGGUCCGUAUGGAGGGAAGCCCAUCUUGAAGAAAGCUCUGAUUGUUACUCCGGGGAGCCUGGUCAAGAACUGGAGGAAAGAAUUUCAGAAGUGGUUGGGAACGGAGAGAAUGAGAGUAUUUGCUGUGGAUCAGGAUCACAAAGUGGAAGACUUCAUUGCUUCUCCCCUAUAUUCCGUGCUCAUAAUCAGCUAUGAGAUGUUACUACGAUCUCUGGAACAAUUGCAGGAGCUGAGCUUUGAUCUCAUCAUCUGUGACGAAGGCCAUCGCUUAAAGAACAGCUCCAUAAAGACGACCUCCGCCCUCAGCAGCCUGUCUUGCAGUAGAAGAAUCAUCCUAUCAGGCACUCCAGUUCAAAACGAUCUCCAGGAGUUUUAUGCAUUGAUCGACUUUGUUAAUCCCGGCAUUCUUGGCUCUUUGUCCACUUACAGAAAAAUAUAUGAGGAACCAAUUAUCAGAUCCCGUGAGCCUUCAGCAAAUAAAGAGGAAAAAAAAUUAGGAGACGAAAGAGCCGCAGAACUUGGACGUUUAACAGGGCUGUUUGUGCUCCGAAGAACUCAGGAGGUUAUUAAUAAGUUUCUCCCCCCUAAAAUUGAAAGCAUUGUUUUCUGCAAACCCUCUGCGUUCCAGCUCGAUCUGUACAGAAAGCUCCUCAGCUCUCGCCUUGUUAGGUGUUGUCUGCAGGGUUCAGGGGAGAGUAGUCCUCAUCUCGUGUGCAUUGGAGCCCUGAAGAAACUCUGCAACCACCCGCGCCUGCUGUAUAAAACCAUUCAGGAGAAAAGCACCAACGUGAACGGUGAAGAGCAGAGCUUCUAUGAGAGUUUAGCUGAACUCUUUCCCCCGGUUUAUAGCACAAAUACAGUUUCUGUGUCUGAAUCUGGGAAACUGUCGGUCUUAACCAAGUUAUUAUUUGCCAUAAGGGAGCAAAGUCCCUCUGAAAGAGUGGUUCUGGUCUCUCACUAUACCCAGACCUUGAAUAUACUACAAGACCUGUGUCGGCAACAUGGCUAUAAGUGCACCAGGCUGGAUGGACAGACGCCGGUCACUCAUAGGCAGCAAAUCGUGGAUGGAUUUAACAGCAAAUAUUCAGCAGACUUCAUCUUCCUGCUCAGCUCCAAAGCUGGUGGUGUUGGACUGAACCUGAUUGGCGCUUGCCACCUCAUUCUAUAUGACAUCGACUGGAAUCCGGCCAAUGACAUACAGGCAAUGGCUCGUGUGUGGAGAGAUGGUCAGACGCGUACUGUGCAUAUAUACAGACUCCUGACCACAGGUACUAUAGAGGAAAAGAUCUACCAGAGACAGAUCAGCAAGCAAGGUCUUUCCGGGGCGGUUGUUGAUUUAGCCAAAAAAUCGGAGCAUAUUCGAUUUUCGGUGGAUGAACUUAGAGAUCUCUUUACCUUGCAUGAAGAUUCCGACUGUGUCACCCACGAGCUGCUAGAAUGUGACUGUACACAAACAAAGAGCUUGACAGAUGAUACCACGGAAAAUCAUUUUAAGCCCAGGGGCAGUCACCAAGGCAAGAAGGCAGAAAAGAACAUUUCCAUGUCCGAACUGAUGCAGUGGAAACACUUUUCCAUGCUGCAGGAUUCCGAUGACCCCUUUCUCCGGCCGGGCAGAGAAUACAUGUCCUUUGUUUUCCAGAACAUGACAAACAGCUAACAGGGCCACACUGUAAUUCCUUGAACAACCAGAGACCAGGGUGGCGCUGUACAAGAGAGAAACUAUUAAGAGGAUUGAUGAGUGUCCCACAGGGCAGACUCCGGUCGGGAAACACGGCCUUGAUAUUACGCUAUCACUUUAUAAGAUGGCGUGUUAAAUAUUAGUAAUGCUUUUCAAUAGAAUAUGUUUAUAUGUGUAUAUGAAACAUUU